AUGAUACCAAACCACAUUUUGAUAAUUGGAUCACCUACAAGUGGCAAGCUCCGGGUAGCUGACGUGAUUCUGCGAGAUGAAGGAAAAGAAGAAAGAGAAGAAGAAGACGUGUUAGGCCAUAGAGAUCUGGGUCUGGGUCUGGGUGCCUCCCACGAGGGGAUGAUUUGGAGAACAUCUCUCUGCACAAAGCACUUUUCAUUGCGGCUUCAUAUUUUCAUAGACGAAGUUCCAAGCCGUCUGCUAGGGAGUCUCACUGGGGAGGAGAAACUUGAGGAGUUGCGGAAAUGGGAGUGUGAGUUCAGUAGCGACGAAAUGGAGGAGCUACGAGAAGUGUUGGAUGGAAUAUUCUUCGCUCUCAAUAUGACGGCGGAUAGCAUGGACCUUAUCGCCAAAGAGCUCGAAAUACUCCAGCAGCUAAGGAGCAAGCUCGAUGGUGAGGAAAAUCAGUGGCCGGGAUUCUUUGCUGUUGUUGGUUCGGUUCCCUUGGGGUCGCAGGUAGAUGAGAAAGACGUGGAGGGUAUUGAGGAUUUGGUGAUAUCGCAUGGGAUGGAAUUCAUCAACUUGGAAAAGUCUGGCUACAAUGAGUACAGGGAAACUCAAGGUCGGGACCGAAUAGUUGAGUUAUUGGAAAGCCAUGAAUGGUCAAAUUUGGACAAUGUCAAGCCUACGUCUGGGCCCGGCUACCAUGAGAGAAAGACGGAGAAAUUAAAGGCCACUAUGGAGAAGCCUCUCCUCUUGAAGAAGGAUAGCGAUGGUGGUGGUGAUGAUGACGACAAGGAUGACGAUAAGGAUGACCCUUUAAAUGACUUGUUUUCAAAAUUGGCAGUUUAUAGAGAACGAGCUCUGGGGAUGAUGCCCGAGCAGAAGGAGAAAUAUGCCAAUGAUAUUGUAAAGGAGUUUAUAGACUAUAUAUAA